CCAGGAGCGCUCGCUCCGCCCUCCAUGCUGUUGCUAGGGAAGGAGGGGGGGGAGCGUCCCUUACGUGACCGGAAGCGGCCGCUCUAGUCCGCCGCUGCUGAGGAGCCUCGAUGGUUUAGCGGUGUUUACGCCGGCGGCUCCGUUACCGGCUCUUCCCUCCCCCCGCCGCCGCCGCCAUGGCGCAGGCCAGGGGGGUGAACAGCAUCCGCUUCAACCAGGACCAGAGCUGUUUCUGUGUGGCGAUGGACUCGGGAGUGCGGAUCUUCAACGUGGAGCCCCUCAUGGAGAAGGGGCAUUUGGACGCGGAGCAGGUCGGCAGCGUGGGGCUGGUGGAGAUGCUGAACCGCUCCAACCUGGUGGCCAUUGUGGGGGGGGGCAGCAACCCCAAGUUCCCCGAUGUCUCAGUGUUGAUAUGGGACGAUGCAAGAGAAGGGAAGGACAAGCUGGUGCUGGAGUUCACCUUCCCCAAACCUGUGCUGAGCGUGAGGAUGCGGCCGGAUAAGCUGGUCGUGGUGCUCCAGACCCGCAUCUACGUGUUCUCCUUCCCCCACAACCCCACCAAGCUCUUUGAGUUCGACACCCGCGACAACCCCAAAGGGAUCUGCGAUCUCUGCCCCAGUUUGGAGAAGGCGUUACUGGUGUUCCCUGGGCACAAGUGUGGGAGCCUCCAACUGGUGGACCUGGGGGUGGCACGUCCCGGCACGUCGCGGGCGCCGGCGCUGGUGGGAGCUCACCAGAGCGAGGUGGGGUGCGUGGCCCUGAGCCCCUCCGGCACCGUCGUGGCCUCGGCCUCGCGCCGCGGGACCCUCAUCCGGCUCUUCUGCACCCAGAGCCGGGCCCGGCUGCUGGAGCUGCGCCGCGGCACCGACCCCGCCACCGUGCACUGCUUGUCCUUCAGCCCCGACUCCUCCUUCCUCUGCGCUGUCAGUGACAAGGGCACGGGGCACGUUUUCGCCCUGAGGGACACGCGGCUCAACCGGCGCUCGGCGCUGGCGCGUGUGGGGAAGGUGGGGCCGGUGCUGGGCCCCUACGUGGAGUCUCAGUGGUCUCUGGCCACGUUCUCGCUCCCGGCCGAGGCCGCGGCUGUUUGUGCCUUCGGGCGCUCGGGCCGGAGCCCCAGCUCCGUGGUGGCUGUUUGUGCCGAUGGGACCUUCCACAAACACGUUUUCAGCCCCGAUGGGAACUGCAACCGCGAAGCCUUCGACGUGUUCCUGGAUAUCUGCGAUGAUGAUGACUUCUGACCCCCCAAAACCCCCCCAAAUCACCCCGAAACACCCAACACCACCCCCAAAAAAACCCCAAAACACCCCCAAUCACCUCGAAACACCCAAAAACACCCCCAAAACCCCCAAACCACCCCCAAACACCCAAAACCACCUUCAAAUCACCCCAAACACCCCCAAAACAGCCUCUGCAGACACCAAAACACGCCCCACGACCCCAUCCCUACACUGGGGACCCCCAAAACGCCCACGGGGACCCCAAAUUCCCCCCCCCCAAUACAAUGACACCCCCCACGUUC